AUGAAUCAUGCAAAUAAUUGGAUUGAUUUAUGUGAUGAGCAAGCCAGAGUCAAUGCUGAGCACCUAGUGUCAUCAUUUUCAUCUCGGCCAUCGACCAGGCAGGAAGUACUCGGUCAUUACAUUAAAGUAUUUGCAUCUCAUUUUAAACGUGAAUGUGAUAGAUACAAUUGGCCAGACAAUGAUUCUGGCAACAGUGAUUCAGAUACAGAGUCUAUGGUCACGGUCAAGAAAAAGCCUUUUUUUAGACGAAUGUCAUUUAGAGCUCUUCGUCCAUUGUUUCACAAACAGCAUUCUGAUGAGGUAGAACUUGAUGCUGCAUCUAUAAUGUCUCAAAGACCUAUAAAAUGUAAGAAAAAGCUGGCCAAAAUUAUUGUCGAAUGUCGCAAGGAAGGUAUAGUAAACUAUCGGUUGGGUGAAUCAUUGGAUGGCGGUGAACCCAGAUGGGAAAAAGCAAGACUUGCUUUGGUUAAGAAUACAGAUGGUUACACCUUAGAAUUUUAUUGUCCUCCUAAGUCCUUGAAAUCAAAACAUGGGGUGUUUUGUUUUUUGAUACAAGAUGCUAGAGAAACCAAAGAAAUUGAAAUGCCAGAACGAUAUGCUAAUACAUUUGUACUGAAAGAUGAAAACAAUGUUGAAUAUAUAAUUGACGCCUUAAGUCCAGAAGAAAUGCGUCAAUGGCUUGCAACUGUAAAAUAUUGCAUGCGUAAACGUGAUGGUUUGCAUGAUGAUAUAAGUAUUAUUGGAAGUAUUGAUGGUGUGUUAGAUUCAUCAGUUGCACAUUCAAAUGACACAUUAUUAAGCUCACCUCAGAGUUCCACCAAUAAUUUGGAUACUAUUUUAAACAAUGAUGUUGAAAAUGAUAUAUCGGCAUCUCUUCGCCUUUAUCCAUGGUUUCAUGGUAUGCUGGCCCGAUCUGAUGCUACUAAUUUGGUGUCACACUUAGGCACUAAUGGACAUGGAAUGUUUCUAGUCAGACAGUCUGAAACUCGAAAGGGUGAAUAUGUGUUGACAUUUAAUUUUAAGGGAAAACCAAAGCAUUUACGAAUGACACUAAACGACCAAGGACACUGUCGAGUACAACAUUUAUCAUUCCCUAGUAUACAAGAUAUGCUUGAACAUUUUCAAACGCAUUUAAUACCUUUGGAGAAUGGUGGACCUGGCGAUGUAACUCUCAGAGAUUAUAUACUAAACACCCCAAUUAAAUAUGGAGUGUUUCCAAGCAAUACCAAUAUUGAUUUUAUUGUUAUUACUCGUGAUCCAAAUGCCCCACUAACUCUAAACAUGGAUCACGGACUUCGACCUGUAGCACCUCAACUAUAUAGAGAAUUUAAGACAAUGUUGGCUCCUAUUAGAACCAAAACAAAAGACUUGCAGACAGACUUUACUAAUCGGUCAACACCAGAACCUGGAUUGGGAAAUGUUGUAAGAGCAGUUAAUAACCAGUAUACACUAAGAUAG